AUCCUGUCCGAAUUGGUAAUUCUGAGUAGAAGCCUUCCACCCAAAAAAAAAAAAAAAAAAAAAACUUCCCCGCCUAGUCGGAAUGGGGCCGGCCGGAGUUCCGAAUCCCGUAAAUUCGUACCUCAAUUCGUAUUAAACAACACAUACAGACCCUUUGAUCCUAGCUAGCCCUAUCAUCCCAUUCAUCUUCAACAAUGGCUGGCACCUCAUCAACAUGGUAUUUGCUACUGCUCCUUGCCUUUAGCUUCAUGCUUCUUACGGAGGCUUCCCAGCAAAACGUUUCCCUGACUUUCGUUGAUCGUGCAGUUGAAAAAGGCUCAGUUUGCUUGGAUGGGUCUCCCUCUGUAUACUAUUUUGACCAAGGAGAAGGUCAGGGGCUAGACAACUGGCUCAUUUUUUUAGAAGGAGGAGGGUGGUGCUCAACCCAAAGCGAGUGCAAACAGCGUUCCGAAACAAAGUAUGGUUCGUCUACACUAAGGGAUCAAUACAUGGACUUCGAGGCAUCUCUCCUCUCCAACGACUCACAAGAAAAUCCAAAAUUCUACAAUUGGAAUAGAGUUUAUGUUCCAUAUUGUGAUGGAUCUUCAUUCACCGGAAACAUGGAGGCGGUUGAUAGUGUUACAAAUGUAACCUACAAAGGCUUAAGGAUAUUUGAAGCGACAAUGGAAGAUCUCCUUGCCAAAGGAAUGGAACGAGCACAAAAUGUACGUAAUUGACAUCAGCCCAUUUUAAUUUUGAAAAGGGAGAAAUAAUUUAAAUAAUCCAAACUUUGAAGAGGUGUGAUGUUAGCACCCCAGACAUUUAUAUGUAAUAUUUAUACCCCGAACUAUAUUUAAAAAGUAAUAUUAGUACCAUGACAUACAUUUUUUUCUUUCACAAUGUAAAUUUAUGACGCUUUAACUACACCUUUAUAAAUGUUUAAGUAUUUUAAAUCAUGGGCUUAACACCAGUACGUUUACAUUUUCGAAUAAAAAAAUAUAUAGUAAUGGUGCUAACAUAACCUUGACCCCAUAACCUUUUAUGUAAAGUUCGGGGUAUAUAUAUUACAUAUGUAAGUUUGGGGUGCUUAAUUAUACAUCGCACCCCUUCAAAGUUUAGGAUAUUUAAAUUAGAUUCCCCUUUAGAAAAAUGCUUGAUGUACACGUUUUUUGUGUACACUUUUGACACAUUUUUAUGUCUACGCUGACAGAGUUGGUUGUAUACGGACAAUUGUGUAAUGCCCCACGGAACUAUCUAUAUACAGACAACUUUGUAAAGUCCCAUGGAAUUGUUUAUACAGGGACAACUCUAAUUUACACCAAACAUCACUCUAAUUUAUUUUUAGCUUGAUGGAGUAGUAUACUAAAGAUAGUGUUAAUAAUUUGCAUCCCAUCAAAGUACGGAU